AUGGAACAAUAUCCCACUCCAGCAAUGACUCUUUCACCCCAAACCCAACCUCAAUCUCAGUCUCAAUCGCCCUCGAAUUCGACUGGAUCAUCGACCGGCUUGUUCCGACCCCGCCGAUCCGAUGAUUGGCAACAGUAUCGCGAGGUCAUCGAACAACUGUAUCGCAGCGAUCAGCUAAAAUUGAGAGAUGUGAAAAACGUCAUGGAGAAAGAAUAUAAAUUUUUCGCCUCAGAAAAACAAUACAAAGAUCGACUGGCUUCCUGGAAUGUCCGCAAGAAUAUUAAAGCUGCGGAGAUUCAAGUCAUGCUUCGCAAAAAGCAAAAGCGAGCCGCCCGUGGCAAAGCGACGGCUUUUCGACGAGCUGGUCAGGUAGUUGACAAGAAACGCAUCACUCGCUUUGUACGCCGCCAUCCAGGUGAUUGGGCCACUCCUCGAGAUAAAGAUGCUGAACUGCAAAGUCCCGAGCCAAGUAGGUCGUUGAAAGAAGCGCCCACGGCAUCGUCUAUGCUCCAUAAGCCAUCCUUACUCAUGCAACUAGCAAUAGAGACCCCGUCAGAUAUGUCGUGUUAUACACCAGAGCCCGAGGAAGAAGCAGCAACGCCUGUCUCGCCACAAGACAUUCAAUCGCCGACGAGGGAGACUCCUCCCUAUCCGUUGAAUUAUGAUCCCAACAACAUCGCGACGAUCCCUGAUCUAGUCAUGGAUGAUGAGCAGUAUCCCAUGAGCGUACGCUCGCACUCGCACCCGCACCCGCACCAGCAUCCACAUCCGCAUCCCAAUCAACAAGUCCGCCCAGUCUAUCAUCCUGCUGAACUCUCUCAUCCAAUCCAUCACCCAACCGUUCUCCCUAUGCUCCAUCAAUCUGCUCACUCAUCUAUCCACCCAAUCCACACACCUGUAUAUCAUCCAGCUGUCACGAACUCGCCCCCAGCAGCCCCUCCAGUUCAAACUCACCGAGAAGACGUCGACGCUCCAGGUGAAGUCGUCACACCAAACGACGAAUGGGGCCGUAUGGAUGUCCUCGACACAUUUCAAACUCGUCUAGAAGGACUCCAGAAAACCCUCCAUCAGACUAUGUCGCCUUGGGCCCGGGAUCAAGAUCCCAACAACCAAGAAAUGAACCAUCACGAAGGAUUAGGCCUGUGA